ACAAUGUUUUACCUUAUCCGCAGACGGUGCAGCUCAGCUUCAAAUUCCCGUUCUACGGCAACUGGAUCCAGAACAUCACGGUAGCCACAGGCGGGUUCAUCUUCACGGGCGAGCACACGCACGCCUGGCUGGCCGCCACGCAGUACAUUGCGCCGCUCAUGGCCAACUUCGACACCUCGCUCAACAACGACAGCAUCGUCAAGCUGUCGGACGACGGGGAGAAAUUCACUGCCUUCUGGGAGAACGUUACGCUGCGUGAGAGUCCAGACAAGCCGUUUACAUUCGCCGUGACAUUAUACAAGAACGGGGACAUAGUGUUUGCAUACAAGGCCAUUCCACUUCGCGUGCAAGACAUCGACGACUCGGCGCAUCCUGUCAAGAUUGGAAUCAGUGACGCCUAUCUCACUGAUAGGGUCAUAUUCUACGUCCGCCGCAAGACCAUCUACGAGUACCACCGCGUCACGUUCAAGCACUACGAGAUCGGCAACAACACUGUGCUGCGACUGACAGCGCUGCCCACCUGCCUCCAGUACAGCACCUGCGACGGCUGCCUCAACCACAACACCAGCUUCGACUGUUCGUGGUGUGAAAAUCUUAUGAAAUGCUCGAGUGGCACAGAUCGCAACAAGCAAGACUGGCAGCUCAGAAAUUGCGACAAGUCGCUGUUCACGAACGCAAGCAUGUGCCCGGCUCGCGCGCCGGCGCCCGCGCAAGACGGGUCGACCUACGUCACCGACGCGCAAUCCAGCGGCCGCCACCAGGCUGUCGUCAACACGCUGCCUGCAAACGAGCCGUCUACCCCCAAGCUGCCGCCGCCGAAAAGCGGCGCCGAGAACUCUCCCUUCAUGGCGCCGGUGCGCGAGCCGGCGAAGGACGAAGACACGCAUUCGGCCAUCGGCGGCGCCGUCAGCGCCAUUCUCGUGGUCACGAUCGUUUGCGCGCUCGCUGCCUGGACGCUGUACGCCUUCAAGAACCCGCACACUCGCAGCGGACAGCUACUCAUCAAGUACCGGCCAUCGCAAUGGAGCUGGCGCCGCGGCGAGGCGCGAUACACCGCCGCCACCAUCCACAUGUAACGCACGCCGCAGUCGCGUACCCAGACCAUGGUAAACUCAACCAUAUUCAAUUAUAUCUCGUAGUACUGGGUAUUACCUGAUCACAACCGGGUAAAUAAUAUUCAGUAUUUACCUUCACCGUGUACAAUUACGAUCUACUACCAUAAUGCAGACAAUUCUAAAAGGUCAAUCUUGAUAAAUUAAUGGUAACUGUUAAUUGAAGUUCAAAAUAGAAUGUGUGUGCUAACGUGUCUUAGGCCGAGUUGCACCACCUAUUUUUUACCGUAACUUUAACGAUAACCGGUGCUUUUUGUAUGGGUUUUGACAGAUUUUUGACGUAAUUGUCAAAGUUAAAGUAAGAUGGUGCAACCCAGCCUUAACCAUUCCAAAUGCACGAUUUUGUAACGAUUAUUGAAUUUUACUGUACCGACAUAUAUUGUAAAAAAAACAUCUCACCUUCGAUAUAAGAUUUUUAUCACCCUAUGUUAAGUGCUUCGUUAUCAUUUUUCACUAGUAUGAAUGAAUACGUGUGACGAAUCAGUAUGAUUACAGCAGAUGAAAGUAUACUAUUUUUUAUUACUCAAUCAUCUAAAGCCUGGUCCGUGAGCACGUAGAAUUUUGUCCAAUGACCCCAAGCUACCCAUCCUUAUCGCUCGCGCGUAAUUAUAUUGCUGUCGCGACUGUGCGACGGGCGCCUGCAGUGAGUUAGUUGGUCGGUUAAUAACGAAAUUACCAACUGCCUUGGAUGGUUCGGGUGGACCCGUGUUCGGGUCCUGUAAGUACGGGUUACGGACCUGUUGGUCAGGGAAGCUUCAAGCCCUAGCCUCCUCUAGUAAUUUGGAUAUCACUAAUUACUGCAGAAAGUGUCUCUGAACCGGCUGUCAAUGAUAAUUAUGCUGCAUUAGGGAACAUCAAGCCUCACCAACCCCUUUGGCCUCCGGUGCUUUCGUCUGCUUCAUACCUUUUUGUCACGCGGUACACACCGCCCGCUAUCUCUUCCUCGCAUAAAACACCUUUAAUGAGGGUGAAAUGAUAGUGCCUCAACAAUACAUAUUCCAUUUAGGCAUUUAUUUUAUUAAACUAAUAUUAAUUUUCAACGAAAUCAAUUAAAACAUAUCUGGGUACGUCGAAAAGGAACAAGUGUGCGAAUAGAAAGAUUUGCCGCUGGUGGGUCAAUAACAUAAUGGCAUUUAUAGAAAAAAUAAUGGUAUAAAACUUUAACAAUAUGAUUUUAUGACAAUUGUUUUUUAAUUGCCCUCGGUCUUGUUUUGUCAAUUAACAAAUACGACCAUUGUGUCAAAUGUCAAUUAACAUUUUUUUCGGUGUACGAAAAAUUUAAUGCAAAUAUGACUUUUUAUUUUUGACACAACUACAAAUGUAAUAAAUGACGAAUUCUAUUGAAUCAGCUUAGAUAGUACGAGAGCAGAUCGCAUAUUUUCGUACCUAUUUGAUACCGCAAUGAAAUGCACUAUUGUAUCCCAUAAAAGUUAUGCUAAGUCCGGAUCAAAUUGUCGCCACGACGGAACUUGUCGGUUAGUAUGAAUAAUUCCGUAUUUUUGGUGAGGAUAAAGGGUUGUUACUUUUAUUUGUACUUACUUUUUAAAUGAGUCGCUUUUAUUCUCAUGGUGCGAUAUGUCUGCCAAGGCUUAUGAAGUUCUAUGUGUGAUAAAAAUAUCUACAGGUGAGUUUUGUUUAGUUUCACCUGUCCCUGUGACAAUGCAAUAUUACGAUGACAUGCAGCUCACCAUAGGAACUGCUAUAAAAUGACAACCCCAUCGAGUUUGGGCUCGUUUGAUUAGUAAUGGUGCAGUUUAGUGCAGAGAGAUGAGACUCAUAACGCAAUUUCUUUAAUAAAUAUAAUAUGGUUAAUUUAAAAACUAUAAAUAUACCAGGCGCCAUCGGCUGGACAAAAGAGCCUGAGUCAGAUUCAAUUCGUCAGAUCCAACAGAGGUGACGCAAUCACAGCAAGCUGCAUUGCAUUCAAACCAGGAGGGCGAAGAAAAAUUGCGUUAAGUGUCUUCUAAGAGUUAAGAGAAUCUAUUGUAUAUGUCCGUAAAGUAUUCAUUUAGUAACAUUUGUCAAUAAGUUAGUUUUCUGUAUCUAACAGUAAAUUUCUAUUAUCUCGGUAUCAGAGAUAUGGGUAAAGUAACACCCCAUUUUUCGCACCGAAGUUUCGCCGUGGUGACACUUUGAUCCGGACUCAGCAGAACUUCUAUGGGAUAUCAUUGUGCAUUUCAUCGAGGUAUGAAUAUUUGCGGUCGGCUCUCGUACUAAUAUAAGUAUUAGAGCGCCCACCAGCGCGUGAGUAGGGAUUAAAGGUCAAUGUACAACUGCGGUCAAGUCUGUGCGUUCGUAAGUGUGCAAUAGUUCGUAUGUGUGAAAUUAUAUUAAUAUAUUAUGUAGACAAUUUUUGAUCUCUACUUAAAUCGAUUAAAUCUAUGUAUAUUCUAUAAAAAUAUUUUGCAUUUUUAUAUUUGUAAUCAUUUAUUUACGCUUGUUAACAAACAAAUCAUUUCUACAAAGUUCAAUAUUGACUAUAGGUCUGAGUCCACAUCCAGACGCAACAGUAUUUU